AUGAAAACAGAGACUCUGGUGUUGUGUUCGGGAUUGGGUAUAGCUUCAUUUGCAUUAUUAUUACUUAUUAUUAGUGUAGCCACUCCCAAUUGGACGGAUGAUGGACAGGGUAAUCAAGUGGGAUUAUUUAAAAGUUGUUGGAAUAUGACUUGUAACACGGAUAAUAAAGUAACACAAGGUGGUUUAUCCGUAGUUAGCAUAUUAUUAUUAUUUUUUGGUAUUUUUACUGGUGUUGCAGCAAAUUUUCUUGAAAGUAUUGCUAUUUUACCGUUAGUAACCACUGGAUUUUUAUUCUUUAGUUCAAUGUUUCUUAUGUCUGCCUAUGCGACAUGGGGCGUUGCCUCUCGAGAUCCAUCGUACAAUAAUAAUGGGUUGGUGUCGUCGUCGUCGUCGUCGUGCAUAGCCAUGUCAUGGUCGUACAAUUUGGCUGUUGCAUCACAUUUCUUUUUGAUUAUUGCAUUAACAUUAGUCGGAAUGUUUGCAGGAAAUAAAUUUAUAGGAAGUCGUAAUACUUCAUAA